AUGCCUUUUGGACAAGUUAUUGUAGGUCCCCCUGGAUCAGGAAAGACCACUUACUGUUGGGGUGCUUAUCAGUAUUUGACUGCAAUUGGGAGAAAAGUAGCCAUUGUGAAUCUGGACCCUGCAAACGACAAUAUACCCUAUCCCUGCGCUAUCAAUCUUGCAGACUUGAUCACAUUAGAAGACACCAUGAAUGAGUUAUCAUUGGGACCCAACGGCGGCAUCAUGUUUUGCAUUGAGUAUCUACUCAAGAACAUGGAUUGGCUGACAGACAAGCUAAAAGAACUUGGAGACGAUCAUUACAUCCUGUUUGACUUUCCUGGGCAGGUCGAACUCUUUACGCAUCAUUCAGCUGUCAAGGACAUCUUGCAUGGAUUGGAAAAGGCAGACUAUCGACUUGUCGCAGUCAAUAUGGUGGACGCUCACUACUGCACAGAUCCAGCCAAAUACAUUUCAGUUCUCUUGCUCGCACUCAAAACCAUGAUACAACUGGAACUACCACAUAUCAAUGUAUUGUCCAAGGUGGAUUUGAUCGAAUCGUAUGGAAAGCUUCGCUUCAAUCUACAGUAUUACACAGAUGUGAUGGAUCUGUCCUAUUUAUUGGACUCACUCAACCAAGACCCGUUUGGCUCCAAGUACAAGAAACUGAAUGAAGCCUUGUGUGAUUUGAUUCAAGAUUUUUCGUUGGUUGGAUUUUAUACAUUGUGCGUAGAGGAUAAAGACUCCAUGACAAAAUUGCAGCAAGUGAUUGAUAAAGCAGGUGGUUUCGUAUUUGGUGGUCUGACGGAGGGCAACGAGUCCAUCAUGUUGACGGCCAUGAAGGCUGGUUACCAUGAAGACGUGAGCGAUGUGCAAGAGCGCUGGAUGGAAGAGGAUGAUUAUGAUGAUUUGUAA